ACAGCGUCUGACACAGCCUCUUCCCGCGUGGUGGCGACAGAAGCUAACUCUCAGUUAUUGUCAGCGAUGUGGACGUUGAAGGCGGCCGCUCUGGGUGUGGUGGCCCUCACUGUCAGUGUGGAGCUGCUUGGCUGGCUCGUCCGUCGCCUCAGGCCUGGAAGAAUCCUCAAUGAGGUCCUCUUCUUUCCCUCAGAGGUGGCCUGUGUGGAGCACAUCUUCACUCCCUCGUCGCCUCACUCCUGUCUCUGCCCGUUGCCUCAUGGUGUGGAGACCUCUUUCUCCCGUCUUCUCCACUACAUCCUGUCCUCUUCAUCUUCUCUGGACUUGUGUGUCUUUGCCUUCUCCAACAUGGACCUGUGCAGAGCUGUGCUAGCACUGCAGAGCAGAGGAGUCACCGUCCGAGUCCUCACUGACAAGGACUAUGCUGCCAUCCAGGGCUCCCAGAUAGGGGUCCUCCGCAAGGCUG